AUGGCCUCCGCUGUGGAUUCUCGUGAAUCUAUAUCCAUUUCAACGGGCAAGAAGAGGCGUCCACGACGCGGUCGAAAGGCUACACUAGACAUUGACGGGCCAAAUCCUAGGAAGAGCCUGCUCUUGGAUGAGAUUGGUGACGACUUAGUCGACCAGCUCUAUGCAAGCCCCCGGCGCAAUGGACAUCUCGAUGACAGUUGCGCUACAUCCUUCAUCUCUGUCGCUGAUCACCUACGCAAUAAUCUCGCUGCUGCCCUAGCUGCUUCCUCAUGCGCCAGCUCAGCUAGCCGCAGCACUCGCACGAUGAUCGGAUCGAUUUCGACCCCGGCAACGAGCGUGGACAUCAACGAGCCACCACAAGUCACCCACUCGCUCGAACCCCCCGUCGACCUCCCAGAUCCGAAACCCAAAGCUCCUCGCCCGAAGAAAGGUCUCCCAGAACAGGCAGACGUGUUCAGCCUCGAUGACUUCACAAUAAUGACAGCCAUCGAACAGCUAGCCGCAUACCACGGCCGAGUAGCACACAUGGGCAUCCUCGACCGCAGCUACCGAUUCUUCGUGAACAAAUCUCGAACAGCAGCAAUAUCUUUCAAAGUACAAAACGGUGUGGCAGUCGUCGGCGGAGACCCAUUAUGUGAUACAGCAGCAAUCCCAGAACUCCUCUCCGAAUUUGCAGAAUACCGAAAAAGACACCACUGGGGCAUAGCCUUCAUGGGCGCAAGCGAGACCUUCACAAAAGGAUAUGCCCAACGAGAAGGCUGGACAACCAUCCGAUUCGGUACAGAGCGCGUCCUCGACCCACAAGUCAACGAGGUCCUCCUCGAGACAAGUGGGAAACGUAUAACAACCCAAAACCGCCAGCUCCUCAGCAAAGCCAAAGGCAACAUCACCCUCGGCGUCUAUGCACCCGCCGUCCACGGCACUGUCCCGCAACUCCAAGCAGACCUCGUAGCCAUAUACGAUGCAUGGCGCGAAGAACGAAACAGUUCUUCAAACCCACAGGCUUUCAUAACAGUCUAUGACCCCUUCGCCCUCCCAGCACUAAUGACAUUCGUAUAUACUUGCGGCGCAGACCGACACGUCAACGGGUUCGCAGCCCUCCGCCAUCUCGGUUCUGGUGGAUACCACGUCGAUCCUUGUAUCGCGGCUCCAGGCAGCGCAAAGGGAAUAAGCGAUCUUCUCCUUGUCGCCGCAAUGGCUCUCCUCAACCGCGCUGGUGUCUCCUAUCUCGGCUUCGGGUUCGAACCUUUGCAUGCCUUGACCCGGGAUGACGUGAGCGGGAUUCCGGGUCCUUUUGCUCAUCUUACGAGGGACUUGUAUGGUCAUGCUUUUCAUCGGUUGCCUAUCGGUGGAAAGAGGGCCUACCAUGAUAAAUUCCGGCCUGAUCCUAUGCAGGACUCGGGUCUUUAUCUUGUUUUUCCUUCUGGGGUUCCUGGGCCGAGGCAUUUACUUGCUAUGACGCAUAUGGCUAAUAUUAGCUGGCGCAAGAUUUUCUGGGCGGAUGUUCGGGGUUGGGCUUCGAGGGCUGAGAGGUCUGCUGCUGUUGAGGGAGCGCAGGAUCAGCAGCGUCAACCCAAGGACCAGGACCAGGCUCGGAUUCACAACGAUGCGACAAAGAAGUCGAUGUUUCUGGAUAGGCCUAUCCCACUGGUACAGGGCAUUGCAUGA